UUUAUAUACACACACAAACACACACACACACACACACAUGUGCAAGUAAUGUUUUUCCGUGUGUGUGUGUAUGUGGGGGGAAAAUUGUAAUAAUAUAUGAACGUAAGAAAAACGCUGGAAAUGGAAAACUAAAAGUAAAUUUCGAAACAUCAGCAGCAGCAGCAGCGGCGGCAGCGCAAAUAUGCAGCUGUGUGUGCGCGUAUGUGUGUAAAUUAUUAACAGUUAGGCUGCGCAAAUCAAAAGCAAAAGCAAACGAAGAAGAAAAUAAACAGCAGCAAAUAAAAAAAAAAAAAAAACGUGAACAACAUUCAAUGUGCCAUCAUUUUCAACAGAACAACAACAACUACUAUAAUUAAGCAAAAGGAGCAGCUUUAAAAAAAUAUACAUAAAUAAAUACAUAUACACACACGUAAUUAUAAGCGUUAUUAUAUACAGUAUUAGCAACAAAAACAACCAACCACAACUACACAACUACAGAAGAAAAAAGAAGAACAUAAAAAUGUCCUGCAUAUCGAGCAAUUUUAGCUCAUUCUUUCUCAACUCCUUGAACGAUCCUUCAGAGUUUUCCAAGUACUUGAGCAAUGGCGAGCUGAAAUGCACAAAUUUCGAGGAAUUUCAAGUGUUUGCUCAGUCAACGCAACAGCAGCAGCAGCAACAGCAGCAGCAACAACAACAACCACAAACACAGUAUUCAUGCACAAAUGGCGUCGGCAGCGCUGAGCUUCUUGACUAUGAGGCAGCGACGUCGCAGUCGCAGCGAGAAGCUGCCGAAACGCCGGCAGCGUCAAGCAUCACAGCGUUGCCAAACAAUCGCUGGCCCACAGCGGUGGCAACGCCAAACGGACACGCGCCAGCCUCUGCCGCUGCAGCCGCCGCUGCGGCUGCGGCUGCCGCGACCGCUCAACAUUUCGAUGGUUCCUUUGAGUUUAUCAAAUAUCUGCGCCACUCCACGGACUUUACGCCAAACAACAGCAGCAGCACCACCAGCACAGCGGCGGCAGCGGACAAGGCUGGCAGCAGCAAACUGACUGCAGCCGGCGCAGCGGGCAGAAUCACACCACCGCCGCUGGCCGCGUCGCCAGUGGGCGGCAGCGGGUGCGGCGUCGGACUUCUGGAUUUGGACUCGACGAGCAUCUCGCAAAAGUCGCGGUCGGCGUCGCGCAAAGUCGCCGCGCUGCUGUCUUCCGUUUCGCGCUCUUCCAACAGCCUGGACGCCAGCUCCUCGACGCUGGACGCCGUCUUCGAUCACGACUCGAAGCAAACGAUCUUUGAGCUGCAGCACCUGACGAGCGCUUCGAAUGGCUCAAAUGCCUCCAAUUCGAAUGAGUCAUCGCUGGAGCUGCUCGCCUUUCCCAGCUCCCAUUUGAAUGCCUCCAAUUCGAACACCUCGUCCGAGGAGCAUUGCGGCAGUGCUGCUGAAUUUGGUGGCCUGUUGGGCGGAGCCAGUUGCUCCAGCGCCUCCUCGGCAGCUGGCGGUGCGCCCAAGCUAUUGGGCAGCUUUGUGAUCAAGGAGAACUUCGAGGUGCAUCCCUCGCACAAGGUGGAGGAGGGCAUCUUCCAGCACAUGAACAAGCUGCCCUCAAAGAAGAAGGACACGCUCAAGCAGCUGGGCGUUCGAUUCACGGGUCAAAUGACAUUGACGGACAAAUCGAUUGUUGUCGAAAACUUCAUCAAAUUUUGUGAGGAAUACGAUAUUAAGGAUCAUCGGCCGUGGUUAUCCUUAAACCAGUGUGGCCUCAACAAGCCCGAACAAAUCAAAUUCGCGCGCUAUUUGGGCCAAGGAUUGCCAACGUUUACGCUCUUCUGCAUUUAUAGCAACUUUAAGAAUCUGUUCUGCACCAAACGCACAGAAAUCUAUACCAAGGAUGGCUACAAUCUGCCUUAUAUACUCGAUAAGACCAAGCGCUUCCUGGCCAAUACAACAGCUGACCUCAAGAAUAUGGCGGCCGCAAAUGACGGUACGCUCGAGUUUGCCAGCAAUAGCAGCAGCAGCAGCAAUAGCAACAAUAACAACAACAACAGCAGCAGCAGCAGCAGCGUUAACAGCAACAGCAGCAACAACAGUAACAGCGCCAACAUAGUUAACAGCUACGUAACAGCAGCGGCUUCUGCUCAACCCCUGGACACACGCUACGGUUGUGUGGCGCCUGCGUCGCUGCCCCUGUUGCCGCCACCGUCACUGCCGCCGCUGGGACCGCCGCCGCGUUCACUCGAACAGCUUAUCAUCUAUGAGAAUUUCAAUGUGCACGAGACGCACCGCAUCGAAGAUGGCGUCUGUACGCACAUCAGCCGCCUGCCGCCCAAGAAGCAGGAGCUAUUGAAACAGUUCGGUAUACAGAGUAGUAGCCAGCAAUGUCUGAGCAAUUAUGAAAAGUGCAUACUCAUCGAGAACUUCAUCAAGUUUUGCAAUGAAUAUCAGAUAUCCGAUCAUCGACCCUUUUUGGACUUCCACGAGAGCGCUUUAUCCAAAUGUGAACAACUUAAAUUUGUACGAUAUCUGGGCCAGGGGCUAUCCAAUCUGACGCUAAACAAGAUCUAUGUGGCAUUCAAGGAGUUGCUCGGCAACGGACGACCCGACAAAGCUGGUUCGGACAGUUACAAUUUGGACGUACUCCUGAAGAAGAAGCGCAAGAAUCUCUACAAUCGCCUGCAUGCGGCUGCAACAAGUGUCGAUUUAACAAAGUACGAUACCACGCCGCCAUCGGCACAGGCGGCAAAUUCUUUGGUAACACAAACGCCACGCCCACAGCACGCCUUCGCCGCACUGACAGCAGCUACGCAGCAGAGCGAUGCGUGCAGCGAACUGACGACGCAAUACAGUUAUGUGCCACGGUAAAAGCUAUCCUUAGCGCCUGCGCUGGCGUUGCAAAGCUACAACACAAAUACACACAAUAUACACAUACACACGCAUACAUAUUACAUAUACUUCCUGGAACUGGACCAGUAACUGUUGUGUCUUCAAUACGAAAAAGAAACAAAAACAAAAACAAAAUUAUACGCAAAAUGUGGAAAUUGUUAAGCGAAAUGAUGCUAAGUAAAUUAUUGAAAACUAAGUGCUAAAUUAUAAAGAGAAUACAAGAAA